AUGGUUGUUUUUAAUGGGAAAAUGUGUUUAAAACUCAUCGAAGCUGAUGAUCUUCGUGCAACACAACAUUCAACACGUUAUUUUCCACAAAAUCCUUCAACUGCUUAUCUUAGUCCAUAUAUAUCAAUUGAUAUUGAUGAUUUACCACUAGGACGUACUCAUACAAAAGAACGAACAACUACUCCAACGUAUAAUGAAGAAUUUUCAAGUGAUGUUCAUAAUGGUCAACAAUUACAUUUUACUAUAUUUCAUGAUGCUGCAUUACCACCUGAUGAAUAUGUUGCUGAUUGUACAGUUAAAUUUGAAAAUAUUCAUGAUAAAAAAAGUGACAUUUGGAUUGAUCUUGAACCAGUUGGAAGAAUUCAUAUAGCUAUUGAAUUACAAGGACAAUUUAGUAAUUCUGUCAGUAAUGAACGACAUUUCAAACAAAAUAAACGAGCUUUUGCACAACGACGUUUUGCUGUUGUUCGUCGUGUUUAUGAAAUAAAUGGACAUAAAUUCAUGGCAACAUUCUUUCGUCAACCAACAUUUUGCUCAAUUUGUUCCGAAUUUAUCUGGGGUAUCUUUCGUACACAAGGUUAUCAAUGUCAAGUGUGUACAUGUGUAAUACAUAAACGUUGUAAAGCAUCAGUAGUUACAACAUGUCCUGGAAUUCGAACAUGUUUCGAAUAUCGUGAAAAACGUUUUAAAAUCAAUGUUCCACAUCGAUUUGUUGCACAUACAUAUCGAUUAUUUACUUUUUGUGAUCAUUGUGGAUCACUUUUAUGGGGAGCUUGGAAUCAAGGAAUGCAAUGUAGAGAAUGCAAAUUAAAUGUCCAUAAACGUUGUACACGUAAUGUUGCCAAUGAUUGUGGUUUAGAUAAGAAAAAACUUGCAUCAGUUCUUGCUGUUCUUAAUAUAAAUACUGAACCACAGAAAAUGACUAAUUCGCCAAGUGAACCAGAUACAUCAUCUGCAAGUCAAGCUUCUUCAACAACAGCAAAAAAUACAACACCACCUCCAACAUCAUUCGAAGAUAUUUCAACAAAACGAAAACAUUAUAAUACAAUUAAUGAUUUUAAUUUUAUGAAAAUGUUAGGAAAAGGAUCGUUUGGAAAAGUUAUGUUAGGCGAACAUAAAGUAACUGGUGAAGUCUUUGCUAUAAAAGUGCUCAAUAAAGAUGCGAUUAUUCAAAAUGAUGAUGUUGAAUGUACAAUGACUGAACGACGAAUAUUAGCUUUAUCAACUCGACAUCCAUUUUUAACAGGACUUUAUUGUAGUUUUCAAACAAAGGAACGUUUAUUUCUAAUAAUGGAAUAUGUUAAUGGUGGAGAUUUAAUGUUUCAAAUUCAACGUUCACGAAAAUUUGAUGAAGUACGUGCACGUUUCUAUGCAUCGGAAGUAACAUUAGCAUUAAUGUUUUUACAUCGACAUGGUGUUAUUUAUCGUGAUCUCAAACUCGACAACAUUCUACUUGACGCCGAAGGACAUUGUAAAAUUGCUGAUUUUGGUAUGUGUAAAGAAGGUAUAUUUGAUGGAAAAUUAACAUCAACAUUUUGUGGUACACCUGAUUAUAUUGCACCUGAAAUUCUUCAAGAAUUAGAUUAUUCAUUUUCUGUUGAUUGGUGGGCAUUAGGUGUAUUGAUGUAUGAAAUGAUGGCUGGACAACCGCCAUUUGAAGCAGAUGAUGAAGAUAGUUUAUUUGAAUCGAUUCUACGCGAUGAAGUACUCUAUCCUGUUUGGUUAUCGAAAGAAGCUGUUCAUAUUCUUAAAUCAUUUAUGACUAAAAAUCCAGCUAAACGUCUUGGUUGUGUUGCUGCACAAGGUGGUGAAGAAGCAAUAAAACGUCAUGCAUUUUUUGCUGGAAAAAUUGAUUGGGAAGCAUUAGAUCAACGACAAAUAAAACCACCUUUUAAACCAAAAGUGGUUAAUCCACGAGAUACAAGUAAUUUUGAUAAAGAUUUUACAAAUAUGCCUGUUGCAUUUACACCAAUGGAAGCUGAGAUUGUUAAAGCAAUAAAUCAAGAUGAAUUUAAAGAUUUUUCAUAUCAAAAUGCUGAUUGGCGUUGUUUAGAACGUGGUGAAGUACCAAAAGAUGAUGCGAAUGAUGGUCGACGUGCAUUACGUGAUGAUUUAUCUGUUAAUUUAAAACAACCAUUACCAAUGACACCUAUAUUAUCACAUCAAUCAUCAACAUAUGAGGCAAAUUCAUCGACGAUGACUGUUGUAAAUACAGAUCAUACACCAAUUCCACAUUUAGAAACUAAACGUAAUCCAACUUCAACAUCAUCUCAAUCAAAUUCCAUAUCAUCAUCAUCACAAUCAUCGAAUUCAUCAUCAACGACAAAUGCUCAACAAAAAUCAAUGAUAUUCAAUAAAUCAUCAAGUAUAAAUCGUUCAACAACAGAUCAAACCGAUAUGUAA